UUCUCUUUAAACGAGUUUGCUGCUAUAACAGGACUGAAUUGUGAUCCAUUUGACCCGUCGGAAAAAUUUGAAGCUGAUCACCGUGAGCUAUGGAAGGCAAUGAAAGUAUCAAUCUCAGAAGGUCCAAAGUUCAAUGAGUUGCGAAUUGUGAUGGAUCAUAGCAAGGCAUGGGACUUUAAGGAGAGGAUGAUGGUGGGUAGGUUGUGUUUAUUAUCAGUGGCAAUACAUGGAGUGCACCACAGAUCUAGAAUUCCUUUGUCUAGUGCUAUAAGAGUUCUUGAUCCAGUGAGUUUUGAGAAAUAUCCGCGAGGACGAGUGGCUUUUGAAUGUCUACUUAAAUCGGUUAAGAUAGUUGACUUUAACAAAGAGGGUUAUGUUAUUAAAAGAUGCGUUCACGCUUUGCUUACGUGGGUGUAUGAGAGUUUCCCUAGAUUAGGAGAGGGUUAUUGGUUGAGAAGGCCUAUCUUGAAUGGUAUUCCACUUCUUGAUUGGCAGUCAACUCGGAAGGAUAUCGACCUAACAGAAUUCAUUCAAAACGAGAAGACUUUGCAUGGGCAGGUGCGUGUAAGACACAUGAUUCCUGUAACUGAAGAAAACAUGUACCCUCAAUGGAGUAAUGCGGAAAUGGAUAAGGAUCCAGCACUAGACAACUUGAUAAAAGACAUAAUCCAUAAUCGAUUGGCUUUAGAUGCUUGGAAAGGUGUGCCAGCUUUUGGUAUGCUUUGA